GCACUGUUUUUGCUACUUCGCAUCGCUAUGGACGACGCCAACAUGGAAGGGAAAGAGUGGGAGGGCGACUUCGACCCUUUAGCAGACCCGGAAGAGAAGAGACAUUUACUCUCGGUCUUGGAGUCCUUUCGUUCGUAUCGCCGUCUGGCUCACUUAAAUGGCACGCAUGUUCGGCGCCAGGCAUUCUACUCUCUACCUCAAGAAUACUGGACGAUGUUGUCGAAGCCGCCGUUUUCAUUCCUGGACUCCCUGAACAGACUGGACGACCUCAUUGACAGUAAUGCGGAACUUGCCGAAGCCAUCUUCACGGCUGGAUUCAAGGGCUUUAUUGCCCCAACUAUUGACAGUGACUGGGUCGCUUCGAUCAUACCUGAAAAGUUUGCUCGAGACGAGUAUCGGAUUUAUUCAAUCGUCAUGGAUCAUCUCAAUGUUCAAACGACCCAAAAUGAUAUGGACAAGGCAAGGAGUUGCAUCAAUCAGUUCUACCGUGAUUGGACUGCUGCGGGCAACGUUGAACGAGAAAAAUGCUUUGGUCCAGUAUUGGAGGCCUUGAAUGCAGAAUUCACGGCCCGAUCACUGUCUAACCCGACCUUGGACAGGUCAGAAAUCAAGGUCUUAGUGCCUGGCGCUGGACUUGGUCGUUUUGUCUUCGACAUUUCUCAAGUUGGUUUCAGCGUCGAAGGAAACGAGAUCUCGUAUCAUGAAUUGAUGGCGAGCUCUAUGGUGCUAAAUCACACUCAGAAAGCUGAGCAGUUCAGCAUUGCUCCUUUCGUUCUGAGCUGCUCGAACCACCUCUCUCGUGCCGAUCAAUUCCAGACAUUCGCUAUUCCUGAUAUACAUCCAGGCACUGCUUUAGCGAUAAAUGAAGGCUCGAAAGUUCCAGCAAACGAGAGAAUGAGCAUGUCAACAGGCGACUUUUGCGUUCUGUACAGCUCGCCAGACUAUAAAGGUGCAUUCGAAGCCGUUGCGACUGUCUUCUUCAUUGACACUGCGCCCAACAUCAUCCGGUACAUCGAAGCUGUGCGCAAUUGUCUCAAGCCUGGAGGCCUAUGGAUCAAUCUCGGGCCACUGCUGUGGCAUCAACCACCUCAAGGACCAAAGAGUCCUGAAGAGAACGAUCACAGCCAUGGGUAUUCUUAUGCUCACGAUGCAGGCAUCGGCGACCCGGGCUCUGUCGAGCUCACCAACGAUGAAGUAAUGGCACUGGUAGAGCAUCUGGGAUUCUGUAUUGAGAAGCAGGAAUCUGGCACGAUAGAGACGGGUUACAUUUCAAACCCCAGGAGCAUGCUUCAGAAUACUUAUCGUCCCGUGUUCUGGAUUGCUAGGAAGAGGUGACUGUAAAGAAGCACCUAAUAUCAGUGUUUGUGUACAUGACAAUAUUGCUGAGUCUGAUUUCCACUUCUGUCCGAAAAGAGUAUGCACUUCGACUGUGCACAAGUUUCUCAAAGAGCCACAUCGUGUACAGCGUACGAUUGGGCGCUCUUCCGCUUCAGUUCCAGCUAUGCAUGGCACCUGAAGUAUACUGCCUACAUUUGCACAUUUCUGAAUUGUCACAACUGUAGAUGCUCGUUGAGUUGUUUGAGGUUAUACGCCGCUCAAGAC